AUGGUCCGCAAACUCAAGCAUCACGAGCAGAAGCUCCUGCGAAAGGUUGAUUUUAUCAACUACAAGCAGGACAAUGACCACCGCGACAAGGCCGUAGCGCGGCGGUACAUGAUCCAGAAGCCGGAGGACUAUCACAAGUACAACCGACUGUGUGGUUCAAUAAGACAAUUAGCCCACCGGCUAUCGCUUCUACCGCCCGAAAAUCCCACCCGUCGCAAACACGAAACCCUCCUUCUCCAGAAGCUGUACGACAUGGGCAUCAUCUCCUCUACCUCCAAAUUGUCCCUCGUGGAGAACAACGUCACAGUCUCCGCCUUUGCUCGACGCAGGCUUCCGGUGGUCAUGACAAGGCUGCGCAUGGCGGAGCACGUCCAGGCCGCCACGAAGAUGAUCGAGCAGGGUCAUGUGCGAGUCGGCACGGACGUGAUCACGGACCCGGCAUACCUAGUGACAAGGACGACGGAAGACUUUGUGACAUGGAGCGUGGGAAGCAAGAUCAAGAACAAUGUUAUGAAGUAUCGGGACAAGCUGGAUGAUUUCGAGCUGUUGUAG